CUCCCUAUAGGCUGUCUUAUCAUUGUGUGUGUGUGUGUGUGUGUGUGUGCGUGCGUGCGUGCGUGUGUGUAGACGUACAUGGGUUUCCUGUGUGUAGUUGGGUGUGUCUGCUCUUCUGCAUGCCUACCGAGAAACAGGAAAGCAACCCCUAUUGAUCUCAUAAUUCUAAUGUAUGAGUCAGUGAUACAGUUUGUCACAUAGACCACAAGGAAAUGUCAAACAAGUUUAAAUAGAAAACACUGAGGCGGAGCACUGAGAAGAACGGAGGAGUACUAGAAAACCGAGAAUCUGACUUCAUUCAACUUGACCUUUAUUUAUACAGGUUAUACUCAUCCAGAUAUAAUAUCUUUGGCAAGACCGACCUGUUUAUAAUCAAAUAUUUUGUUGCGGAAAGAAAAUGAAGACAAACAUUUCCUGUGGACACAUUAACAUGGACUUUACUCACACGUUCUUACCUACAGUGUAUAUGUCCGUGUUUAUUGUCGGCCUUGUUGGUAACUGCUGGGGACUAAAAUCCUUGUUUGCGAACUGGAAGAAAUUCGGAAAUAUCAACAUUUUUGUUCUGAACCUUGGAGUUGCAGAUAUUCUGUAUUUGCUCACUCUUCCAUUUCUGUUUGCGUACUACUCAGCAGGCAGUCACUGGGCCUUUGGACAAGUCUUCUGCAAGAUGACAAGAUUCUGCUUCAAUUUGAACUUGUAUGGCAGUAUUGGUUUCCUCACAUGUAUUAGUGUAUACAGGUACCUGAGCAUCGUCCACCCACUGAGAGUGAUGGGCAGGAUAACAAGGGGCCACUCUGUAGUCAUCACAGCUGUAGUUUGGGGUUUAGUCUGCAUUGAGAUUAUUCCUGAUCUGUUCUUUGACAAAACAUUACUCAACUCUUCUUCGGGGAAAGUCAAAUGCGUUGACACCACCUUCAACUUCUCUACCAAGGAAUACCUGGACUACAGUAUUGCGUGGACAGUAUCUGGAUUUUUUAUCCCUCUGCUCAUCAUAUUGGGUUGCUAUGGACACGUGGCUGUGGUCCUCUUUAACAACCCCAACAUUGACCAAGUGAUGAAGCAGAGAUGCCUAAAACUGGUGAUCAUUGUGACUUUACUCUUCUCAGUUUGCUACAUACCGUAUCACAUAUUCAGAAAUCUAAACCUGAAGACUAGGAUUUUGAAAAGCAAAGGCACGUGUGAGGAUUGGUUUGCUGGCAUCUACAUUGCUCACCAAGUCAGCCGAUCACUUGUGUGUCUAAACAGUGCCAUCAACCCAUUGGUUUACAUCCACAGUAAUGAAAACCUGCUCGUACAUAUCACCAGGCUUUGGGAACGAGCUCGUCGGUCUGUGCCUCUGCUAUUCAACCAUCGCAUCCAGACACAAACCCCACCGUUAUGAACUCACAUUGAAAUAGCAGUGUAGCUUUGUUUGCUUUCUUGAGAGUCGUUCUGCUUUUCUUUCAGCAAUUUCUAAUGUGUUUAUUACUGUGCAUAUUAUUGUUUGAAUAGGGAAGUUGUAAGGGAUUUCCUCCUCUUCUUCCGAAGAGGAGAGGCGAAAAGGAUCAGAGGACCAAUAUGCGGCGUGGUAAGUGUCCAUGGUUCUUUUAAUAAGUAAAUGUACACAUGAACAACUGAAUACAAAAACAAGAAACGUGAAAACCCCAAACAGUCCUAUCUGGUGCAAACACAGAGACAGGAACAAUCACCCACAAACACACAGUGAAACCCAGGCUACCUAAGUAUGAUUCUCAAUCAGAGACAACAGAGACACCUGCCUCUGAUUGAGAACCAUACUAGGCCGAAACAUAGAAAUACCCAAAUCAUAGAAAAACAAACAUAGACUGCCCACCCAACUCACGCCCUGACCAAACUAAAUAAAUACAAAACAAAGGAAAUAAAGGUCAGAACGUGACAGAAGUUCAAAGUACAGUUCCCAGAUUUCUAUAGGUCUCUUGUGUGUUUGCUGUGUUUACUGAGCUGUACUAUAAAUAUGCUGAUAUGGAAAGUACAUUGUAUUCCUUGCAUGGUCAUCUGCAUGAAUGUACAUUCCUGGUUAUUCAUUGUAUCUAAGAGAUGUAAAUAUAUUGUAAAUAUACAGUAUAUUCAACAGAUGUUGUAAAUGUAUAAUAUUUGCCAGACAGUUGCAACUAAGCACACAGUAGGCUGUAUUGGUUUAUGAUGCCUUGUAUUAAGGAUACAAUAAGAGCCAUGUGAAAACACAAAGUGCUGUGAAUGCAUUUGCAGAAGAACAGGAAAUGUUGUUUUCACAAAAGGUGUAAAUCUGCUUUCAAGAUGUAGAGUUAUCACCACGUGAGGAUUUCAUGUGUGGUGAUCUGAUGCAUACCUGACCAUAAGGUUUUAAAAAGUGGCUUGUGAAGUAUUGACGUGAAAAUGCAAAGUUAU